AGGAUAAGUAAUACUAUUUCUCAUUUCAUUUGAUUCGCAAUAAUCAGAUUUAUCUGUUCUUGGAUAAUAUUUCUGAGAUUGUGAAGUUUUAGAUAAAAAAAAGGAUGAAAUUAGUGAAUUCAAUGAUGUUAAAGAUAUAAAUAUGUUAUUAUCUGAGAUUCGUUAAAUUUCAACAUUAAAAAGUUACCCCAUCAUAUCAAAAAUUGAAUUGAAAUAUUGCUAUUCUGCAUAGAAUUAAUUACGAAUAAAUUAUAAUAAAAUUAAUGUUGAUCAAAUGGCAACCAGUUUGCAAGAAUAUUAUCAACAAAGAAUUCCAACAGUUAAAUAUUAGUUUACAAAUCUAGUAAAAUUGAACACCAAUUUCUUUUCAGAUGAAGAACUUAGAAGAUAGAUUAUAGAUAUAAUAAUGGAAAAUAGUAUUAAACAAACAAAUGAUGGAUUGACUGGUGUUACCUUUGAAAAUGAUGCCAGACAAAUUGCAUUUAAAUAUCUAUUCAAGAUACUAGAAAAGGGAUUAAUCUAGAUGAACUUAAGGAUGAAUCAAGUACCAAACUUUCUGGGCUUAUAUAGCAAAUUAUUUGACUAAAAUCUUGGGAGUUUAAUUUUUUAAUAAAGAGUUAAUGGACACAUCACCAAUAAAGGGUUGAGAAUAAUGAGUACAUAAAGUAUGGAACCAAAAUUUAAUUUACUCUCAGUAAUAUGAUAUAUGAUCAGAGCAAUGUGAAUUUUCUAAUUGAUGAGUACUUAGAUGAAGAUGAAUAGAAUCAAGAUGAAAUAAUUGAGAGAUACUUG